GGUUUGUGUUUUUUUUUUUUUUCCCCACCAUAAAAGUCGCCGUUUUUCGCUGGUGGGUCCCACCGCUCUCCUCCCUCGGGCGUUGCCGCUUUAAGGCUUGGCCCCGCCCCCUCAGCCCGGCGGGCGGCGGCACGUGACGGCGGCGCCUUAAAGGGGCCGCGAUGGGGCCGGGCCGGCUCCUCCCGGGGCUGCUGCUGGCGAUCGGCGCCGCCGCCCGCUGGGCCGCGACCCCCGAGACGGUGCGCCCGCGGGUGGUGCGGGAGCAGCUGCUGUGGGUGAGCGGGGAGGGGCGCGGGGGGGUCCACACCUUCCGGGUGCCGCUGGUGGUCGUCACCCCCGGGGGGGCCCUGCUGGCCUGCGCCGAGGGGCGCAAGCGCUCGGCCGCCGACGUGGGGGCCAAGGUCAUCGCCUGCCGCCACUCUCCUGACGGAGGUGGGGGGGGUCCCUGGGGGGGGUCUGGGAGGUGUUUGGGGGAUCCUGGGAGUGCGCGACGUGGGGCCCGACGCGGGGUGGCAGCGGACGACGGCUCGGCGGGGGAUGGGCUGAGCCUGGGGGCGCUGGCGGUGGCGGGGGGGGGGACGUGCUGCUGCUCUUCGCCCCGCUGCGCCCACCCCCCCCAGGCCUGCGGCCCCCCCAGCACCCACCUCCUGCGCAGCCGCGACGGCGGCCGCUCCUGGGGGCCCCCCCAAAACCUCUCGGGGGUCGUCGGUAACGAGGUCUUCGCUCCCGGGCCCGGCUACGGCAUCCAGAAGCAGCGGGCGCCGGGGCGGGGGCGCCUGGUGUUCUGCGGCCACGGGACGCUGGAGCGGGACGGGGUCUCGCUGCUGCUGAGUGACGACGGGGGGGCGGCACUGGCGGCGGGGGGGGGGGCUCUGCCCGCCAUCCCCUUCGGAGCCCCCCGCCACCCCCGCGACUUCACCCCCGACGAGUGCCAGCCCUACGAGCUGCCCGACGGCUCCAUCGCCGUCAACAUCCGGAACCAGAACUUCUACCGGUGCCGGUGCCGGAUGGUGGCGCGGAGCUGGGACGGGGGCGAGACCCUCCCCCCCGACGCCGUCACCUUCGACCCCGCCCUGGUCGACCCCGCCGUGGCGGCCGGCGUCCUCGUCACCGGCGGCCUCGUCUUCUUCAGCAACCCUGCCCACGAGAGCCGGCGGGUGAACCUGACCCUGCGCUGGAGCUUCACUAACGGCACCACGUGGUGGGGGCGGGGCCUGCAGGUGUGGGCGGGGCCCAGCGGGUACUCCUCGAUGGCGGCCCCGCCCCCCGGCGACCAGGGCGACGCCCCCCUGCUCUACCUCAUCUACGAGAAGGGGCGGAGCCUCUCCACAGAGACCGUCUCAUUGGCCACCAUCAGCAUCGCGGGCGAUGUCUGACUUGGCCACGCCCCCCCGUGGAGGGGGGGUGGUGUCUCAAUAAAGGGAUUCGCUCA